ACCUGUCGUGUCACCAACAAGCUGAUUUGAAUUUGCAUGAUCGUUGAUGUUGAAAGAAAUCAAGUUGUACUGAUCGAUGGUGCUUUCGAAAGGUGCACUAACCUUCCUUCAGAAAUACGGCUCAAAGAAAGAUGCUUGGUGGUCGCCAGAUGAUAACUACCUGAAAUGGUGUCUUCCCGCUGUAAGAAGCGCCUCAUAGCUCUAACGUUCUGCGCUGCAAUUUCGCUGUUGUUGCUUUACAAGGUCCAACUGGAGCGAACCGAGUCUGUGACUCUUCUUAAGCGAACGAAGGAUUUUUCUGGUGUCAUUCCUGAUAGAGACAAAUCUUUCACCACGAGGGAAACACACGAAGACAAAAGAAAAGACAAAACAGGAGACGAUGACUUGUUUGGUGACGACGAUAAUGACUCGGAUCAGGAGCUUAAAACAAUUCCAUUUGAAGCUGUAACCGACCCUCCGCGAAAGAUCCACAGGGGACUGGAAGCAAAUGAUGAAGUUGAGGACACAUUAGACUGGCUAAAUGAACAUGGGGUUAAUCGCCCAUCCGACACCACCGAAGAGGAGGUACCGCUGGAAAAGCAGGUUCCUGAUCCUGACUUGUUACCGACUACAACCAAGCCACUUACAAGAAGCAAAAAUGGCAGCACGUCUACUGUAAGUAACCUUGUCAAAUCGAGAACAUCUGAAACUGAGACAAACAAAAGUCAUUCCUCUCCUUUGUUCACGUUACCGAGGUCAACCCAAUCACUGAAACCAGAGAUAGUUAAAACUCGAAGCGAACAUCGGAACUCGUCUACAAAGGUUGACGAUGAGGAAUUAGCGACCACAAGUAAUUCGGCAAAUCAAUCCUCGGAUAUUACUACAACACCGAGGUCAACACAACCUUCAAAAUCUGAACGCGACGAGAAUCUUGAAACUGAGUUGAACUCUACGUUAGUAAGCGUUUUGUUUACUAAUGCUACCUCAGGAACGCAGCAAGACCACUCUAGCCUUCCUUCCACUCCAUAUACAACACCAAGCUCCACAGGCGCACCAACACCUGUAUACACCCCAACUCCGGAUCUGAAUUCUUGUAAACUGCCAGAACUUGACCCAUGGGACCUCUCCAUUAGACAUCUGUUGAGAGAUGUCGGUAACGACCCCGUUUGUGGAAAUGGAUACCCUGUAUCUGCAUUUGACAUCGUUGGUAACAGACUGGUCCUCUCGGGGGAGGUGGAUGGUAGUUCCAUCGAUUUCAGUCACGUAAACGUGGAGACAAUUCAUCGCAAUCAGGGUGAUGACGGUAACGUGCAUUACGAGGAUCAAGGGAAUCCUUUCAAAUCUUCCACACAGGAAUACCAACCUUCCCGCAAGAUAAACGCUUCGGAUUUUUUGAUUCUCGACUACAGACUUAAAAGUAGAAAAGAAGUUACAACUUACUUCGCGCGAGCUGUUCCGCAACAAGAUGUCAUCGAAAAUUCGAAACUGAUUAGAGAAAAGCUCAAUGGGCAAGGAGAAAAUGAAGGGUUAGACUUAAAUGUUUUAUUGCUUGGAAUUGAUUCUGUUUCUGCUGCAAACUUCCGCCGAAAGAUGCCGAAAACGAUAAACUAUCUUAAGACGGCGCUGAAGACGUACUUCAUGUCCGGUCAAACUGUAGUUGGUGAUGCUACAACACCCGCACUUACCGCCAUUUUGACAGGCCUGUACGAGACAGAACCGCCCGAGGGCCGACAAGGGUAUCGCAAUGCCGCCCCCAUUGAUAACUGGCCCUGGAUUAUGAAACUGUACAAGGAGCGCGGAUACGUUACAUUGAUGUCUGAAGAUGACCCUACCAUGGGUGCAUUCAAUCUAAGGCUCAUGGGCUUUAGGGACCCUCCUGCUCAUCACUAUAUGAGGCCGUUUUGGCUGGCACUGGAAGAAAAGGGCGAGCGAGACGAACCAGGAUUAUGCUCGCGUUCGACAUUUAUGGUUAAUUAUACCCUAGACUAUAUCCUCAGCUACUUUGCAGCGUAUCCAGACACCCCAAAAUUUACCUACGCUUUCAUGUCGUACCUGACUCACGCGCAUCCCAAUCAUCUAAGUUAUGCUGACAACGACAUCUUGCGACUGCUCCACACUUUUGUCGAACGCAAUUACCACAACAACACUAUGAUUAUACUAUUUGGAGAUCACGGCUCGCGAAAUGACGACGUCCGAAAUACUAUGCAGGGAAAACUGGAGGAAAGGUUACCUUGGCUCUCUAUCUCGGUUCCUGAUUGGCUUAUAAGGAAAUUCCCGCAUAUAGGGUUGGCCUUGGAACAUAAUCAACACAUAAUAACAUCACCGUUUGACAUGCAUGCCACGUUACGUCACAUCUUAACAUACCCUAAAGAGCCUCAUGGAGAGAAGACACAGAGCUUGUUCACGCAAUUACCACAUACAAGGACUUGCAGUGAUGCAGGAGUCGACGAUCACUGGUGCCCAUGCCUGGAGUUUACUGAGGUAAACGCAAGCAGUAAGGAUGUGAUUGGUGGAGCAGAAAUGGCUGUCAAAUACAUUAAUGACGUCAUCCUAAGUAGAACAGAGCUACUAAGAGGGUCUUGCGCUAAGGUCCAGCUCAAAAAGAUUUUAAAAGCUGUUAGCUACAGACCAAAUGACAAACUGCGGAGAUUUAGUAGCACCAAUCAAGAUUCAGAUCGUGCCGUGAAUUUCGGCGAACCAACUCCAGACAGUAGUCACUACAGAAUCAAUUUUAUGACAACCCCUGGUGACGCAUUAUUUGAAGCAACAGUGGCCGUGAGAGAUGAUCACAAAGUCAAAGUGAACCCGUUUAUAAGUCGGACAAAUGUUUAUGGAAAUCAGCCCAGCUGUAUUUCACGUAAAGAACCUUACGCUAGAAAAUUCUGCUACUGCAAGGAAAUGAAAGCUCCAGUUUAAUUUAUUUAAUAAUUUGAUUUACACUAUAUUAGUAAUGUUGCGCAAAAAGUUGAGUGAGGUGCGACGUAAGUUUGGCGACCACGUUUUAAUUUAAAGUCGUUUUGUUGUCACGGGCAAGUGGCUCCGUUUCCAGUGGCACCAUAUCAUUUGACCUCUUUAGGGGAGGGUUGCCCGUGGCAACACCGUUUUUCACUGUUUAAACACGAUACAAAAGUUUUUUCCGCGCCUAACUUAACCGAACACCGUGGUAUAUCUAAUGAAUCGACGGCUUUGUCCAGCCCCAUUCGGACGUACCUCAAAUAGUUACGAUCGAUUUUUGUAACAAACCAUCAAACUCGCAUCUUAGCGACUAGCAUCGAAUUACGCGAAGUUUUGAAAGAGAAAACGCGCACGCCUCUCUGAAGCAUUCGCUCAGUUAUCAGAGCCUCGAAUUCACAACUACACGGACGUACGUAAGUACCUCGGUGUGGAGGUGGUAACAUUAUCCAAUUGGAUUGAUUUAGAUGUUAUGCCAGCGAAUUGAGAACAACUGAACUUAUCAAGUGAAGAUUCAAAUUCUCCUUUGCAUAGCAUUUAGAGAACACUGAUGCCGGCAAGGAGAGUCAAUGGAUGCUGUGCAAAAUAGAAAUGUUAAAUUAUUAGACUAAAAAAAGAAUAGCUAGUGAUGCAUAGAAACUAUUUAAUUAUGGGACAUUAAUUUAUUUUGAAAUCAAUAUAAACGAAAUUUUUGGUAACCAAAGAAUUUUCAUAGAUUUUCUUUCUUUAUUGGAGGUUAGUUGAAUUAUUUGGCAUAUGACCAGGUGCCAAUUGGGUGAAAAAUAGGAGGUUAGAGUUAGCAAAACGAAAUAUUGAAAAUAUAUAUAUUUAUUUUAUUUCUCAUAUUAUAAAAAAUACUACAAGAAUCAUAUACCAGAUGGCUAUUGAAAAAGAGUAGGUUUAUUCAAAUUGAUAAGUACCUUCUUGAUAAUUAUAUAUGGAAAAAAUUAACUUUUCUUUACAUGUGCAUCGUACUCUGUGUCAGCAGGGGUUGUAAUC